AUGCAAAAAUUUGCACUAGCAAGCCAAGAUGAUUCAAGUGAAGAUGAUGAAGAUGAAAUUGAACGUUAUGCUAAAGCAAAAUUAGUCAUUAGUAACGAAGAAUUUGUAUCACAAUGGUGGAAGAAGUGGAGUAUAAAUUAUCCGACGCUAAGUGUUUUAGCAAGAUCAUUACUAGAUAUAUCAGCUAGUUCGUGCACAAGCGAAAGAAUAUUCAGUGCCACUGGAAGAAUCUCCGAAGAGCGCCGCCAAAACUUAGGUGACGAUAUUGUAGACAAUAUCUUGUUCAUAAUCAAUUUUAAAAAGAGUUUAUUAUAA